AUGGUCUUUGAAUUUUCAUUAAAGGACAAGACACAGAAGUGGCUGAACGAUGUCAAUGAAACUGAGUGGAGUGCUAUAUCUGAAGCAUUCCUGAAAGAGUACUACCCUCCCACCAAGACUGCAGAAAUACGACACAAGCUUGCCACCUUCCAACAAGAACCCGAUGAAACACUGAAGGAAGCAUGGAAUAUGUUUAAGGAUCUGCAGCGAGAAUGUCCACACCACAAUUUGGAUAAGUGGUUCAUCAGCCAAGCCUUCUACAAUGGUCUACAACCUCAUAUCAAGAGCACGAUUGAUUCAUCUGCAGGGGGUGUCUUCCUAGAUAAGGGGGUAGAUGAAGGAUACGAUUUUCUGGCCAACUUAGCAGCGAAUGAUCAUAGUUCCUCCAGGACCACUACAAAGAAGAAGUUGAAUGCUGAUGCAUAUGCUUUGUUGUCCUCACAAGUAGCACAGUUGAGCAUGAAGAUGGACUCACUGAAAUCUUCGCAGUCUAGUGAGGAUAGCUCCAGAACUGAAGUUGAGCGCGGGAAAGUGGAUGACGCAGAGAAACGCAAGGAGAAGGUUACUGAUUCUCCUACUCCACCACUACCUUCUCCCCAUAGGAUGCAAAAAUCAAAGGUCGAUCAACAACUUGGAAAAUUUAUGUCUAUGGUCAAAAAUCUUGAGUGCACACAGAUUACUUUACAGAUGGCUGAUCGAUCUGUGAAGUAUCCUUUGGGUAUUUUAGAGGAUGUCCCUACCUUUUUAUGUACUGCUGGUGCUGUUAUUGAUGUAAAAUCUGGCUCUCUAACUUUGAGUGUUGGUGAUGAUACUAUUACUUUUAAGUUAACCAAUGCUAUUAAGUCUCCUAUACUUGAGCACACAUGUUGCAGGAUUGACAUACUUGAUGAGAUCUCUGGAGUAAGUUUUUCACAAUUUCUGUCAGAUGAAUUAUUGGAGACAAGUCUUGAUCUCACUGAUGAUCUUCACAUUGAUACGGUAGCAGAUUGUAAGGUAAUGGAGACUAUUUGCUCUAUUUCCGAACCACAGGUAAAGAAGUUAGAACUUAAACCUUUACCUUCUCACCUCAAAUAUGCAUUUCUUGAUGAUGCUGAGGAAUGUCCUGUGAUUGUCAGUACUAAACUCACAGAUAGCCAGCUUUCACAACUUCUUACAGUGCUUCGCAUGCACAAGAAGGCUAUUGGGUAUAGUAUUGAUGAUCUAAAGGGCAUUAGUCCUGAUUUCUGCAUGCAUAGAAUUAAUUUGGAAGAAAAUCACCGCCCUUGCAUACAACCUCAAAGACGUUUGAAUCCUAAUAUGCAAGAGGUGGUGAAAAAGGAAAUUAUGAAACUACUUGACGCGGGCAUCAUCUACCCCAUCUCAGAUUCUAAGUGGGUGAGCCCGGUUCAAGUUGUUCCUAAAAAGGGGGGGACUACUGUUGUUAAGAAUGAUAAGGAUGAACUAAUUCCUACUCGUACUGUUACAGGUUGGCGGUUGUGUAUUGACUAUCGCAGAUUAAACACUGCCACUCUGAAAGAUCAUUUCCCUCUCCCUUUUAUUGAUCAGAUGUUAGAAAGAUUAGCAAAACAUAACUUUUUCUGUUAUUUGGAUGGAUAUUCAGGUUUCUUUCAGAUUCCCAUUCAUCCAGCUGAUCAGGAGAAGACGACGUUCACUUACCCCUAUGGCACUUUUGCAUAUCGCAGAAUGCCAUUUGGUUUGUGCAACGCCCCUGCCACAUUUCAGAGAUGUAUGAUGGCCAUUUUUUCUGAUUUCAUCGAAAAUAUCAUGGAGGUAUUUAUGGAUGAUUUUAGUGUUUAUGGUUCUGACUUUGAUGUGUGUUUGCAUAAUCUCUCUAAAAUUCUGAAACGUUGUUCUGAGGUGGACAGAGCAAAAAUUGAGGUGAUUGAGAAACUUCCUCCUCCUGUGAAUGUCAAGGGAGUGAGGAGUUUUCUGGGUCACGCGGGUUUCUAUCGCAGAUUUAUAAAAGACUUUUCAAAAAUUGCGAAACCCCUUACUCAAUUGUUGCUCAAGGAUGCCACCUUUGAUUUUACUGAUGCGUGUGUGGAGUCUUUUGACAGGAUUAAGGAAGCAUUGAUCACUGCCCCUAUCAUACAACCUCCAGACUGGAGUCUUCCUUUCGAGAUCAUGUGUGAUGCUAGCGAUUAUGCGGUUGGUGCUGUGCUUGGUCAACGGAAAAACAAAGUCCUCCAUGCCAUCUACUAUGCCAGCAAGACCUUAGAUGAGGCCCAGGUCAAUUAUGCUACUACAGAGAAAGAGUUGUUGGCCAUUGUGUAUGAUCUUGACAAGUUUCGGACCUACCUCAUAGAGUUUGAUUUGGAGAUCCGUGACAAGAAAGGUGCUGAGAAUGUAGUUGCAGAUCAUCUCUCCCGGUUGAGGUUUGAGUCAAGUGCUGACGGUCCCAUAGAUGAUGCUUUUCCAGAUGACCAUCUUUUUGCUGUGUCUACUCAAUCUCCAUGGUAUGCUGAUUUUGCUAAUUAUUGUGUUAGUGGUUCUCAUCCUCCUGAUUUGACAUACCAACAGCGCAAGAAGUUCUAUCAUGAUGCCAAGCAUUAUUUUUGGGAUGACCCACUCUUAUACAAGAAGUGUUCAGAUGGCUUGUUCCGACGAUGUAUAGCUGAUUGGGAGGAUAUUUUGGUUGUUGUGGAUUAUGUGACUAAGUGGGUUGAAGCUGUGGCUUCCAUUACCAAUGAUUCUAAGGUAGUCAUGAAGCUCUUCAAGAAGGUCAUUUUCCCUCGAUUCGGAGUCCCGAGAUUCUUGAUCAGUGAUGGGGGAUCUCACUUUCACCAGCGAACCUUCAAAGCUUUACUGAAGAGAUAUGGAGUCACUCACAAAGUUGGUUUAGCCUAUCAAUUAACGUGUUUUGUGACAAAACAUUAG